AGGGUAGGACCCACUUUGCACGGAGCUGGUGGUCUUUGUCCGUCCCCUGGGCGGCUCAGGGGCAGGUUCGGAGCCGGACCCUGCUGCCGCCCCUUCCCCUAGCGUUAGUUAGCUUGGCCUUUCGGCGCCGCCGCCGGCGAGCUGCUUGUGGAUGACCCGCCAGCAUCGCUUUCCCAGGUCCACCACGUCAGUUUCACUGAAGGGGAAUACACCAAUCCCGGCAGGCCUAAAACCGGCUCCAGGCUGGCCUGCCUGCCUGCCUCCCGGCCGCCACCACUGCUCCUGCUCCUCGGCUCAUCCCGACCUGCCAGCCUCACUCCACUUCCGGGGGCCCCUCAACUCGGAGGGGUUGGACUGAGAGAUGGGGUGAGGAUUGGGGGGUCCCUGGGUCUCUCCUCGCUCGUCACCUAAAUCACCGAGGCAAGGGAUGGGGUGGGGGCAACCCGCGUUAACUAUUUAUCGCUGGAGGAGCCCACAACUGCGGAGCCCUCUGGUGUUCUCACAGGCUGGGGUUAGAGGUGGCGUGGAAGGCGCUUUCCCCAAAGGCCUAAAAGGGAGAACAGAUUAAUUGCCUUGAAAAGUGCCCGCUUUUGGUGCAAUAAAGUAUUGUGAGAAAUAAUACCCUAGGGAGAUUACUCCAGCUGGAACUGAGCUGGGCGAGACAGGGAAUUUUCUGCACCUUAAAAAGUGGCUUAGUUGUCAACCGCUAAAAGGAUACAGAAAUGUGUGUGAGCACCUGAAAGUGUAUAACCUACAUUUAUUCAUGUAUCUGACCAAGUUAUUCUUCUACAGUGGAUAGUUUACAUCUAGUCCCUAGUUCAUCUAUCCAAUCUCCCUAUCUGAUCCCCUCAGAUAGACAGACGUGCACAAAUAUGUGAAGACUAAAUCCAUGCCCCGAAGAGUCUGCAAAUUAAGACUUCCAAGGGAAAUGAAGAUCUGCUUUAGAAAGUGUUUUCUACCCUUAACUUUAGCACUUCUUGUGGCUACAUAACAUAGCCCUAGAUGUAUAAACAUUCCCCUCUUUUAAAGUAGAAGUAUAUACACCGAAUGAAAUGUAUUGCUGCUAUUAAGUUAUCGCAAGCUGGAACUUCAAUUUAAAGGUUGUUGAUAGUUGACUUUGAAAUAUAUGGUAAUUCAGAGUCAAAUACAAUAAUUGCCUCGCUCCAGCCGCCCGGGGCUAAGUCUAGUUAGUGUGUAAAUGGGAUCAUGGGUCAAAAAAACUGGGUCUACGUUGUACAUAUGGGACCUUUAAUAUUUAUAAAACUACCCACUUUAAAAAAAAUAACCCCAAAUCUUACUGAUAAGGAAACUCCUUGUGGCAGUUGAAACCCAGCGAGAACUCAAUUUCCUCCCGAUCCCAAACAAUGGAUUAAUUUUGCCUCCAAUGUUUUACCCAAUGUGAGCGAUCUGUAAGAGGCUUUCGCAGGAGUUUGAUUGCAAGGAGGGUUCAAAGACAGAAGUGCUGGGGGACGUGUUGGUGCUGCAGCGCCCCCGAGGUGAGCGUCUGUGACCAGAACGCUUUCUCUGGCGGGCCCUCCCUCCUUCCCUCCCUCUGUGGGUGUUUGCUGCGUCAAUCACCGCGGAAAUUUCUCUCUUUCUCUCUCUCUUGCUAAUAUCUCAGCUCGCAGGGCCGCCUCUGAGUGGAUCAGAGCAAUCUGUCAACCCAGCCGGGGAGCCACCUCAAAACAGAUCAGGUUACCUCUGAUUGACAGCGUCACCAUGGCAAAUAAUUUGACUAAAACUAUUGUCUUCUCCUGGCAGUCCCCGGGUCGGAUAACUGGACCAAUCAGAGCGCGGAUAAUCACUUUUCAUGCCAGCUUAGAAUAAUAUUAUUUAAAAAAACAGAGAGAAGAGGAGGAGAGAAAGGAGAGACAAGAGGGGGAGCUGGACUUAACCACUAUAUUAUGUUGAAUCCUACAGUGAAGGGGGAGGGGGGCGAAAAAAAGGGAGAUCCCAACCCGGCGGAGGAGGGUGGGGGUGGGAGAGGAAAGACACCACCACUGUGAGCGCUGCUGAUACCAGACAAUAGAGGCACAAAGUUACUCUCCGAACUUGGACUUACAAAAAAGUUUUCACGUUCGGUCUCCGCCUUUGAUCCUUUUUACGCUCAGCUGCUGAUGGCUGCCGACUGCAGAGCCGAGCUGUGACUUGUGCCGGAGCGUAAGUAGCCGCUCGGGUGGGUUAUACAUCCAUGAUUGGUGCUUCUCUCGCGGUCUGUCCGUUCAGGUCUAUGUGGCCGCUUUGUACAAGUCCGAUGAUUUAGAUCGGGGAGGGGGAAAGGCCACCAUGUCGAUGCUCCCCACUUUUGGAUUCACCCAAGAGCAAGUGGCCUGCGUCUGCGAAGUGCUCCAGCAGGGGGGCAAUAUAGAAAGGCUGGGGCGGUUCCUCUGGUCCCUACCUGCCUGCGAGCACCUCCACAAGAACGAGAGCGUCCUCAAGGCCAAGGCCGUGGUGGCUUUCCACCGGGGCAACUUCCGCGAGCUCUACAAGAUCCUGGAGAGCCACCAGUUCUCUGCUCACAACCACCCCAAGCUCCAGCAGCUCUGGCUCAAGGCGCACUACAUCGAGGCGGAGAAGCUGCGGGGGCGACCCCUAGGGGCAGUGGGCAAGUACCGGGUCCGCAGAAAGUUCCCCCUGCCCCGCUCCAUCUGGGACGGCGAGGAAACCAGCUACUGCUUUAAGGAGAAGAGCCGGAGCGUGCUGCGGGAAUGGUAUGCCCACAACCCCUACCCGUCCCCUCGGGAGAAGAGGGAGCUGGCCGAGGCUACCGGGCUCACCACCACCCAAGUCAGCAACUGGUUUAAAAACCGGAGGCAACGCGACCGUGCUGCUGAGGCCAAGGAAAGGUACGAGGAAAACAACGAGAAUUCCAACUCCAACAGCCACAAUCCUCUCUCAGCGUCAAUGAACGGGAAUAAGACAGUUUUGGGCAGCUCAGAAGACGAGAAGACGCCGUCAGGGACCCCUGAUCACACUUCUUCCAGCCCAGCUUUACUGCUCAAUUCGAACCCAGGCCUACAGCCGCUCCAUGGCUUGGGUCACCCCCAAGGUCCUAGCGCCAUUCCGGUACCCAGUGCGGACCCUAUGCACCAUCAUAGUUUGCAGGACUCCAUUCUCAACCCCAUGUCCUCAAACUUGGUCGACCUUGGCUCUUAAAACUAUUUACACGCUCCCCUCACCACACCCCUUCGGUUUUUUUUUAAUCUCAUUUGAAACUUUUAAAGUGAUGACACACUCAUUAGUGGAUCUGUUGUCCCUCUUUGGAUGGCUGGCUGGCUGUAGCUGUUUGGAAGGUACUGUACUAGACUGUAUGCAGUUCUGUUGUGACAAAAGUCUUAAGGGUUGUGCAAAGCUGGUUUCAGACAUGUGGACUGUUCGAUAGGACUUGUGAUUUAAGCAUAAUGCUAAUAUGGUUCUAUGUAGCAACUAUUUUUUCCAACCUUAACUUCACAAAGCUCUUGGAAUUUUAAUUGAGCAGUCUUGUCUGUGUAUGAUAAGACACCUUGUAUUUGGGGGGAGCGUAAGGUUGCUGUUUACAUGCCUCCUUGGAAGACACCCAUCGCUCCCGUUAUCCUAUUGUGUAGUUAUAUAUCCGUGGCAGGUGUACAAACAAUUACAACUAAGAAUACAACCGUUUUAGUCAAGUUAUAGCAGCAACACGCGCUCUAGGUAGACUCUGUAACUUCCUUGUAGCUGACGCUGUGCAGAGAGCCAGCUUCUUUCGCCUUGUCCGUGUGGUGCUUUCGCCAUUUGUUGGGUGGGAAAUGAACUAAUGGCCCGAUCCUCACCCCAGUUGAAGUCAAUGUUAAAUUAUCCCAUCGACCUCAAACGGGGGCAGACGGGGGCCUUAAAAAAUUGCUGCUCAUUGUUAGACCUAAACGACAGUAUCAACCGCGAGUCACUCGACUUUAGUUUUGUUUAUUGUUUAUAUUAUGUGAAUACGUUCUUUGGGAAAUAUUUCUGCUUUUAUUUUAUAAUAAAAUUUAGAAAUCUAA